GUAAUAUAUUUGCCAAAUAAGCUUACGACACAAACACAAUGACACUAUGACAGUAAGAUAUCAUUUCAAAAUACGGAUAUACCCCCAAAUUGGUGGCAAUGACAAAGAAAAAAAGAGUUCUUCACAGUGGCACAUUCGUAAUACAUAUGAACUUUGGUGGUUGUUUCGUAAUAUAGAUCGUACUUAAAACCUCUAAACACCGUUCUCUUUAUUUGCCAUCUUCUUCAUUAUCAUCAUCUCCAUCUCUCUCUCUCUCUCUCUCAUUUUCUUGAAAAAGAUGAGAACCUUAAAGACUCAGACCACAAGGGGAAGAAGAAGAGCAAAUGUGUCGUCACGUACGAGAGUUUUACACACGUGCUGUGGAAAUGGUAGUAGCGACGGAGGGAAGACGGUGAUGGAGAAGCUUCUUGCGUUAAAGAGCCUUCUUCCUCCACCGGUGAAUGUCGGUGGUGGAGAGACGGAGGAGCUGUUUCAAGAGACGGCGGAGUAUAUCGUGAAGCUUAGAACACAAGUCGUGGUGUUGAAGAAACUGAUUGAGAUUUACGAUAACUCUUCUGAUCAGAAGAAAGAUGUUGUUUUAUAAUGUUCAUUUAUAUUUUCUUUAAUUUAAAUUAUUUCAGGUUUUUCUGUUUUUUUUUGUUAUAAACUUAUAAUUAUUAUAUUGUGAUCCGUAAUGGUUUUAGGUUGUCCAUGUCUUUAAUGUAUUGGUUUAAAGGAAAAAGUAUUGAUGAUUGAUAACUUUCUUUUCUUUGUUCUAGUCACACGUAGUCUAGGUGUUCUGCAGUAGUAUUAAUAAGUUUAUUUUUUUUUGGUUAAUCUUCUUGCAUUCUUUUGUUUUUA